AUGGAUGUGUACCAGUACCAGUACAAACCAGUGGCAGGCAGCGGUGUCGCCGGCAAAAAAUUUCGAAACGAGAGGUGUCUGCCUAUCACUUGCGAAGAAAUCGCGAGGGGAAGCGUGACACCUGACGAGCUGAGCAGGCAGGCGGUAGUGGCCGAGCGAAAGCAUCCUCGAUCUCGUCGUAUCGUAGCUGCCGCCGCUCAGAGCAAUGGAGAGAGCGGUGCCAGUUCGGAAGUCGCACACCAACACGGCCGACCUUCUCUCCUGGUCGGCCACGGGCCCUGACGCAUCUGCCUCGCCGGCCGCGUCCUCCCGCCCCAGCCUCAAGCCGGCCGCGGGGAUUACGCCGGCGAUGUUCGGCGCGCCGGUCACCGAGCAGGAGGCCGAGGAUCUGAGCAAGAGUGAAAGGAAAUUUUGCUCUGGCUCAAAGUUGAAAGAGAUGGGUGGGAGUGGGAUUUUUGCUGAGAAGAGUGAAAAUGGUGAUGCAGAGGCUUCAAAUCCUGCUAACAAGACUUCCUUGAGGAUGUACCAGCAAACUGUGACUGGAAUAAGCCAGAUUUCAUUUAGCGCUGAUGGAAGUGUUUCACCAAAGAAGCCAUCGUCGAUACCUGAGGUGGCUAAGCAGCGAGAGCUUAGUGGCACCCUGGAAGAUGCUGAUGCUAAAAUCAAUAAGCAGCUUUCUGAAGCCAAGACCAAGGAGCUUAGUGGGAGUGACAUCUUUGGUCCGCCUCCUGAGAUUCCAGCGAGGCCAUUGGCUGCUCGUAACAUGGAGCUACAAGGAAAUGUCGAUUUUUCACUUCCACAGCGAAGCGUCCACACAUCAGUUAAAGUAUCUAAUCCUGCCGGAGGUCCAAGCAACAUCUCUUUCAGCGAAGAGCCUGUAGUGAAGACAGCAAAGAAAAUCCACAACCAGAAGUUCCAGGAGCUGACAGGUAACAACAUCUUCAAGGAGGACGUCCCUGCCUCGGCCGAGAAGUCUCUGAGCUCUGCGAAGCUUAAGGAGAUGAGCGGCAGUGACAUCUUCGCCGAUGGAACGCCAGCUCCCCGAGAAUACCUUGGCGGCAUCCGGAAGCCCCCUGGCGGUGAGAGCAGCAUCGCGCUGAUCUGAUUGUUCUGGGCUGCUCUAAUUCGCACUGGCUAGCAGCGCCCCCUCGCCAGUCGUCACUGAAGCAGCACACAGAGUGCAUUUCUUGACCUCUUGGUUCUCGAAUCGUGUUGGGGAUCAUAAUUUAUGUUGGGUGUCGUUAGUCUAAUAUAAUUUGGAGUCAGCAGAAUCUGAUCCGGUUACCUCCGUAUCAUCUGAUACGCGGGUGUGUGAUCUCAUCUGUGAUCCAUGCUACAUUAUUAUGUUAUGCCAUCCGAACUGAGAACUUAUGCAACAAUUAUUUUUGGACUCGUUUCUGGGAC